CUCUUUGCCAGAGGAGAAAAGCAAGACCAGCUCCUCUUUUGACGCCUGUCCUAAGCCGAGUGAAAAGCAGGAUGCAGAACAAGCCGAGAUAGACCCUGAACACAAGCGCAGCCGUGCCCGGGAGCGCAGGCGAGAGGGCCGUUCCAAAACUUUUGACUGGGCAGAGUUCCGUCCCAUACAGCAGGCGCUGGCGCAGGAGCGAGCAAAUGCUGCAGAGACUUCCAAGGACGGCGCCGCUCCCUUCCCGAAAGAACCUGGGACAUCCGAGGCUGACUCUGGGGAACUUGAGAGAGAGCGGGCCCGACGGAGGGAGGAGAGGCGUAAGCGCUUUGAGAGUCUGGACGCUACCGAUGUAGGAGGCCCAGAAGACUUUUCCAGAAUGGAAGUGGACAGGCUUCCAGGGCUGCCUGUCACGUCAGAAGCGAAGUCUCAGAAUGUUCACGUGGAGAUAGAGCAAAGGUGGCACCAGGUAGAGACAACCCCUCUGCGUGAGGAGAAGCAAGUCCCUAUUGCCCCUCUGCACCUUGCACACCCCGACGACAGCAGCGAAACACUCCACAAGAAGCACCUCACCACACUCCUGGAAAAGGAGGUAAACAAACACUCACCGCCGAUCUCCCUUCCUCCCUGGCAGGACGCUUCGGGCCCGGCUCAGGAGCGGAUCGUGAACAAACUGACCGAUGCCCUGCAGUCCACGCUCUCUUGGAACAGCCGGAUUUUCCGUGGCGGUGCGAGGACCCCGUCGGCUCCGAUGAAGCAGCUUCCCGGAUCACACCCUGCCAGCCAAGUCCGGUUCGCCGUGUCGCUGCAACGCAAGAACGAGAGCUCCCCUCCUGUGGCCUGCCGGGCGAGCGACUCGUCUGUUGGGCAAGAAGACCACCAGAAUCAGCGAUCCGCCCCGGUCCAGUCCCUGAGCCAUGGGCUACUGCACUGGGGGGACCUUGUGGCCCCCCAAAUACCCAGCCCGAAACCAAAGUACCGUGGAGCCUCAGUUCAGAUCGGGGCACCCGGGAUCCCCAACGGAGACGCGGCCUUGGUCGGCAAGAGCACGGAGGACACUCGGGGUCCCUCAGCAUUCCCGGAUUUUCACAAGAAGGGACAGGAGAGCAGCCACCUCAACGCUUUCCUCUACCCGGAUCCUUUGCACCAAAACUGCCUCCAGAGCAGGAAGGCCUGCCAUGCACAAACAUGCCAGCAGGAGCGUGGAACCGUCCAGCCGAGAACAAGGACCUUACAGAGGUACAUCGAUUCACGGGCUCUGGCGGAAGGGAUCCCCAAUAAAAAAAUUAAAAUAAAAAUCUUCCGCGGGAGAAAUGAGGUCCUUGAGGGCACAGGCAGGAAGCCAGGAGAGUGGCUGGAAAAGUCUGGCAAGAACAGAAGGCCUUGGUGAAUCCAUCCAGAUGUAUCCAUACAGGUUCCCAGUAAGAAAGCCAUCGGGGUUUAGCUGUUUAGCCCUCGGGUGAGCCAAAGGGGGGCCCCCCGCAGGCUGCAAUGAUCUUCUGAGCACCUGGCUCUACCUGUUAACACACACCCCUUCCUCCUUUUCCUGUUCCCUUCCUUGGCAAAAUGCUUCUGACGCAUACACACUACGCAGCCUCUGCAUUACCCGCUGGUAUUGCUUUGACCCCCCCUUGAACCGUCGUGGCUCCGCCCUCUUGAGGAAUCUUGGGAGUUGUAGUUUGAGGAGGGGCUCAGAAUCCUCAGCAAGAGCAGCCCGGCACACACACACACACGCACU